UGGGGCAAAUUUUUGAUGGCGAGGUUCCAGCUGGUCCGUGUCAAAGUGAGCUGGACAGUACUUUUGGCUCUGGCCCACCUCACGUACCUGUUAUUUGGCGCCAUCAUCUUCCAGGUCCUGGAGCGAGAGGCUGAGAGAAACAACCGAAACCACUUCCAACUGGAGAAGUUGAAUUUCUUGGCUAAUUACACCUGCUUGGAUGGACCAGCCUUGGAGAAGUUUGUUCAGGUGAUCUUAGACGCAUGGGAAAGGGGUGUGAAUCCCUCGGGCAACUCCACUAACCCCAGUAAUUGGGAUUUCAGCAGCUCCUUCUUUUUUGCCGGCACUGUGGUCACAACUAUAGGCUAUGGCAACCUCUCUCCCAGCACUGUGUGUGGCCAGGUGUUCUGUGUGUUCUAUGCCCUGUGUGGGAUCCCACUCAACCUGGCCUUCCUCAAACAACUGGGCAAGUGUCUCACUCUUCACCUAGGUCGCCUGGAGAGAGGGAUGGUCUCUGUGGUCCCACAUAAGGCUUUGGCAGUCAUCUCAUUCUUCGUCACGGGUAGCCUGCUGUUUCUGGUCAUCCCUCCUCUUCUGUUCAGUUACGUGGAAGGUUGGACGUUUGGCGAAGGCUUCUACUUCGCUUUCAUUACUCUCAGCACCAUUGGGUUUGGAGAUUAUGUGGUGGGUACUGACCCAGGCAAGGAGUACAUAUCUCUGUACCGUAGCCUGGCAGGCAUAUGGAUCAUAUUUGCUUUGGCCUGGCUUGCUCUUAUCCUCAGCAUGGGAGCCAGGAUAAUGGCGUAUAUAAUUGGCCUGACACACCCAGGUUUUAAGAAACAAGAGGAGGAUGAGGAUGUGUCAUCCAAUAAACGGGAGGACACCUCAAAGAUCUGAUACAUGAUGUGAAAUCCUUUCAUUUUAGGUCACAGGCAGUGUAGUGGUACACACAGCUGACUAUAGCCAGCAGGAGAUUGAUUCCCGCUCAUUGACUGUGAGUGUUUGUCUUUAUGUGCCUUGUGGUUGACGAGCGACCAGUCCAGCAUUACACCACAAAAAAAUCUUUCACCAUUUUUGUCAUUAAUGUUGUACAUUUGCCCAUAUGGAUGUAUUAUUUGUGUGUUGCGUUGCUAAAAAAAACAAAAAAAACACUAUAAGACUACCUCAAUACAUCCAGUAAGAGUCAGCACACACUGUAAAAACCAGGGGUGUCCAUCGAGGGCUGCAUACAGAAAAAGUGAAGGGUGCAGGGGCCACUUUGAUACAUUUUUGACAUUUUUUGAC